AUGGCGGCUGUGGCGGCGAAGGAGGCGCUGUUGGCACUUCAGCUCAGUUGUCGGGGCGAUGCUGCGCGCGAGAGUAUUCUUCGUGACUGGGUAAAGUUUGUCGAAGACCGCAAGGAGGUUUCUCUGCUGCAGUCUCUCCCUAAAACGCCGACGGGCGCUGCUAUCGACUGGCUCAAACUGUACGAAGAGGUGGUAUCUCGCGGAGGCUUCACUGUCGUCUCUCAGCGUCAGCAAUGGGCCGAAAUUCUAGGUCCCAACGGACUCAACAUCAAAGGACUCAUGCCUUAUCAAUUGGCAGCCCAUUACGACCACUACCUGCGAGCGUUUGAAGAGAAACAGCUCUUCGGACGAGACCUCCCUCCCUCCGAAGCCACUAUGAAUGUACUGCCCAACAAGCGCCGCGCCCAAGUGGAAACAGACGACGACACAGCCCCCGUUGCCACUAUGCAAGAUCUUCAAGAUGCGCAGGGCGGCAUGGGUGGAACUCCAUUGCCACGAGCGAAUAAGAGGUUCAAAGCUCAACGUGAACUCCAGACGCACCUCGGGACACUGCAUAACAUCGUGUUGGCGUUGGACUCGGAUUUACCCGAGCAAGUGCUGUCAGCUCUCAAUCUACUGACUAACGCAGCGACAUCGAAUGCCAACGCAACAGCGAACGAGAACGAGCUAUUGGUGGAUAAUGUGCCGGGACUAUUGGACGCUUUGUAUCGACAAUUAGUGUCCUGCAAAUUGUUGCCGGAUGAGCAAGAAAUGGUGCAACAACAAUCUAUUCGACGAAAACUACUGAAUCUGACAGUCGAUGACGGCGAGCGUGAACUUUUGGACUCUCGAGCUCUGCUAGUUUUGAACAUCAUACGCAAUCUGGCAAUCAUCGGCGCAAAUGAAAAGCCAAUCGCUGCUCACGACGAGUUGUGUGUGUUCUUUAUCAUGGCUCUACGCUACGUGAACAGUACCGACGCACGCAACUGUCGCGGUGGACGCUCCCGCGCUGCUGUGGACAUCGGGGACCAUGUGUUGGAUACAUUGUGUGCUGUCUCGAAGCGUAUCGACUUCCUCGCGCUACAUCCUCCUGCCUCUCUUGAAGUGUGGCAUCCACAGCACCAAUUAAACGCCCAAUUGUGGAAAAAAGAUCGCGUGUUGCCACUCGAGUGUCUACUUCGCGAACUGCGUCGCAUCCUGAGGUUCUUGUCGGCCAGUCAAGCACUGCAAGACCCAGCGUUACUUGACCGUGUGGUCGCAUUGCUAGGCUGUUCUCGACAAGAGUUCCUCCCUCGUGGAUCAAAGCACAAGACGCAACGAUCCCACGGAUUCCCCACUGAAGCUGACUAUGACUUGGACGCAGAGUCUGAUUCUGACGAAGAUAUGACUGAUGGAGACGACAACAGUCGCUGGCCUGCACCCUGGGAGAACGACGGGCUGCCGUCAGGUGUCGGCAUGGGCGUCGUGUACGUCAGUCCGGAGGGUGUGCGCCACACGACGUCGUCGCCUCAUGUCGGUGGGGCGCAUGCAGCGCACUCUGUGGCGUUUGACCAAGGAAACCAACUGGAUCAUGAGAUGCGAGACGCAGCGUUGGAAGUUCUCUUCCGUCUCUCCGACUAUGAUGACGAGACGAAGCUGCGAAUGGCGCGACAUCCGACGUGCAUGCGGCGCUUGGCAGGCUCGCUUCUUUCUUGUGUCGGAAGGCCGGAAGCAGCGCGGAUUAUUGUUGCCACCCUGUGCAACAUUUCGAUGAACCGUGCCACAUUUCCGUAUUUUUUGCCAAUUGAGAAGGAUCUGAUUCUCGUGGCGUGCUCCGAUGUCAGUGUGUCUGACAUCCUCAACAACGUCGUCGCUGACGUCUACGGCAUGCAUUCUCUGUAA